UUUUAUCGCUGGGAGGUCGAACCCAGUACUCAAUCCAUCUGCCGUGUGUUCUAAAGUGUCCAUACGAGAAGAGGUUCAGAAAAAGCUAGGGUUUCAGAUCGUGUGAAGAUGAGAGAGAGAUGCGGUUCUGUAUAAAUCAUAAGUGGGUUCAAGUUCGAUCCAUUUCAUACCCUACCAAAUUUACGUUUUAAGCAUAAAAUUUAUUUCUCACUCUCACUCUUACUCUCACUCUUCAAACUCUCUCUCUCUCCUUUAUAUAAACCUCAAACUCGAAACCAUUAGCUAUUGAUCUCCAAAACCUCUCUAUACUGUGGAUUAGAAAAACUAGGGUUUUUCAUCGAUCAUUUCUGGGAGCAACUACUAUACUAUGGAUUAGUAUUGUUGUCUCAGUAGCUUUUCUUUUACUUUGUGUUACGGAGAAUUAGGUGUUAAUUUCAUGUUCAGUGAACACAAUUGAGUGUCAUGGAAAGGUUUGGUGAUGAUGUGCUGGGCUUAAUUCUCAAAUGGGUUGAUAACCCUGAUGACAGAAGAACAUUCUCUGAAGUCUGCAAGCAAUGGUGCAGAGUCGAGGGUCUUCACCGAUCAUCUUUACGCAUUUUCGAACCCAUUCUUCUUCCUAGUUUCUUACCCAGAUUCCCAAACUUAGUCUCAUUGGAAUCAUCAAAAGGUCUCACCAAUAACCACAUCAAAAUCAUCGCCAAAACUUGUCCCAACAUUGAAGUUCUCAAUCUUAACUACAAAAAAACACUUGGUAUUAUACCCAUUUUGGAAGAUCUUGAUGGUUCUGGUAUAAGUGAGAUAGCAAUUGGGUGUCCCAAUUUAGCUGAAGUGUAUCUGAGGAGGAGAUGCCAAGUUAGGAAUUUUGGAGUCACUUCUCUUGUUAAUUCAGCUCAAAAUUUGACCACUUUGGAUUUGGCUGGAUGCAGUAGGAUUGCAGAUGAAGCCCUUAAAGCUAUUGGGAAUGCAAAUUCCUUGCUGGUUUUGAAUUUGCGAGGUUGUUGGUUAAUCACAAAUGGGGGGUUGGCUUUGUUGGCAAUUGGGUCUCUAUCUAGGACACUGCGAAAAUUGGACAUUGCAGAGUGUAAUCGAAUUACAGAUGAUGGUGUAUUGCAUUUGAGGGAAAUGUGUUGUUUGGAGGAGUUGAAUCUGGCAAACUGUGGAGGGAAUGUGACUGACAUUGGAGGUUUGGCGAUUGCUGCAAUUCGAACUCUCAAGAGAUUGCACUUAUCGUGGUUGAUUAACAUAUCAGAUGCUACACUCUUUGCUCUUGCUCAGAACUGCCUGAAUUUGGUGGCGAUUGAUCUGAGGGGUUGUAUAUCAAUAACUUUUGAAGGAAUUCAUGAAUUUGCAAAACAUGUGUCUUUGGAAUUCCGGAUAGAACAUUAAUGGAGAGGAUGUGCAAUAGAUGGUGCUUGGAUGCCAGACCUUGAGGUUAGAGUGGUGGAAGUGAUGGAUGAAACAAGGACUCAAGUGCGUGUUUAUGCUCUCACAUUUUCUUGCUGGUAAAUUAAUCCACAUAUAUGUAUUUAUGCACUUUGACUUUAUGCUAUGGUUUUUUAUGUCUGAACUUCUUUCUUAACUUCGCAAUUUAAAGGCCAAA